AAUAACAAUCUCUUAGCAUUGUCUUUCUGUUUCUCUUCAUUUUCCUCAUACAUUUUUGCACAACCACACCAUGUCUCGUCGAGAAACCAACCCUCAUUUUUCUAGAUCAUCACAGCCUGAAUAUGUAGAUGAUCAUGAUACCGAACCUUAUCCACUUGUGCCACGACGAAAACGCCAUGGCAAACCAUCCACACAAGUAGCUGCACCUAUACCAGUUGCAUUACCACCUGAGCAUGAAGACCGUGUUCCAUUACGAACACGACCUCAGCACGAAGAUCAUGUUCCAUUGCAACCUGCCACCAAACCUAUUCCCCAAGAUCAUCCACACCCACCACCACCUAUUCCCCAAGAGCCACGCCAUGGCAAGCAAAGAAGUCCACGUAGACAGCCAACAAACCAAGGCUUCCGGCCGGUUAAGCCAAAGGUAAAUUUUCAAGAACCUCCUCCCUCGGCCGAUGUCCCUCCCGAGCCUCGACAGCAGCCUCACCGCGAUCCCCGCCUCAGCGGUAUAAAGUUGCCUAAGGAACAGAAGUCUCAACCCUUGACAUGGUUAGGUGCUUGCUUGUGUGUAAUAUUUUGGCUCAUCAUAAUCAUAGGAGGCUUAAUAGUCCUUAUAGUGUACUUGGUUUUUCGCCCCCAAAGUCCUCAUUUUGAUGUGUCUAGUGUGACCUUAAAUGCUGCAUACCUUGACCUUGGAUAUCUACUCAAUGCUGAUCUAACAAUGCUGGCUAACUUCACAAAUCCAAACAAGAAGGUGCAUGUGGACUUCAGCUCAGUGAUCAUUUAUCUCUACUAUGGAAGUACCCUUAUUGCGACUCAAUAUGUUGAGCCUUUCAAUGCUGCAAGGCUUCAAUCAAGGUUUGCAUAUAUUCAUUUGGUAUCUAGUCAAGUUCAGCUUCCAUUAAGAGAGAGCCAGAGGCUUGUGAAACAAAUGGAAGGCAAUGGGGUUAUACUUGAAGUGAGGGGAGUUUUCAGGGCACGGUCCAAAUUGGGAAGCAUCUUAAGGUAUUCAUAUAAUCUUUAUGGCCGUUGCAGUGUCAUGCUAACACGCCCUCCUGAUGGCAUUUUGCUCAAAAAGAAAUGCAGAACAAAGCGCUGAAGCAAUAAUUUAGCACCACAGAUGAUGAUUCUAUGUCAUUGGUAUUCUUUUUUUUAGUCCUUGAAAAUUGGGGGGUUUUGGUCUUUCUUAAUUUGCCUAUUCUUCCUGAAAAUAACAUCUUUGAAGGUUAGCCUUUUUGUUUUUCCCUCCCAACUACAUGUAGUUUUGUUAAACCACAAAUUUGUAUCUUAUUUUUCUUCUUCUCGAGAAUUAUUCGAGAUUAUUUAUUAUAAACUAGUAACAACU